AUGGGAGAUAUCCCAGCAAAGGCCUAUGCUAUGCUUGAGGCAGUCGGCCAAGACUUCAACCUCAACCUCAUAGAGCUGCAGGAGACCCAUCUACCCAACAUACCCAUCCUACCUCUGAUAGGCAGUCAGUUGGCAUCUGUACUGGCCUUCGGGGCUCUUAGGAUUGAGUGGGAUAUAUUCAGAAACUUUUUAACCCGAAUAUCGGGGACAUAUACUGAGGUCGAGUAUCAUAACCAAGCCCAUGCAGCCCAGGUCACCUCUCAUGGUAACUACCUCCUCCGGGCUACAGGAAUGCCAGUAAGUGCAUUGGACUACACAGCCUUCCUUGUAGCCUGUAUAUGUCAUGAUGUUGGUCAUAGUGGCAAGAAUAAUGGCUUCUACGUAGAGACGGGUGAUCGCCUCGCUUUGAGAUAUAACGACAGAUCAGUCCUAGAACAGUUUCAUGUAGCAACAGCAUUCGAGAUGAUGGAGGACUUCCAUGAGUGUAACAUCAUUGAGAACCUCACCAGGGAAGAACGGAAAGGCUUCAGGUUCCUCGUCAUUGAGCUCAUUCUUGCUACUGAUAUGGCCAAACACUUUGCAAUCAUGGCGGAUUUACGUAUUGUACUGCAGAGUCCACAGUUUAGGACUGCUAUCAAUGAGUCCAAGAAUGAUGAUGAUCGACAACUUAUCUUCAAAGCCUGCAUUAAAGCUGCCGAUAUCGGUCAUACCUGUCUACCAUGGGAUCAGCAUUAUGAACUAUCUCUUCGAUUGGCUGAGGAGUUCUUCAAACAAGGGGAUCUCGAGAAACAGUUACAUGUUGCAGUAUCACCCUUAUGUGACAGAGAGAAAGUGGAUUUACCUGUAUCCCAGUUAGGCUUUAUCGACUAUCUUGUUCGGCCAUUCAUUGAGAUCCUGAUGAGAGUCGACGCUUAUCAACUAACAGAUAAGAUUAAGGAGCAGCUUGAGAGGAAUGCUCAUGCCUGGAAGAAGCAGAAGAAGAUCGGCAGGAAAGGUCUGCCAGUGGGAUGGAGUUAUACUUCAUUCAACAACCUGCGAACGAGGAGUACUACUGCGAGUCCGUCUAAAAUGAUGAAUACUCCAGUAAAAGGGGACACUGAGGUCCCUGCCUCCUCCUCAUCCUCCUCCCCCAACGAUACACAACUCUCCUCCUGA